AUGACCCGACACGCUCCAAAGAUAUCUUCAUCCAGUUCCAACCAUGGAAGAUACCAGGACCAUAGCUUUCACCAGCGAGCCACGACCCCUUCAACGAACCAGAUCAGCAGGCAAGAUUCAUUCCUCAGCAACCGCGACCGAGACCACGCCCAGAGGAAACCCAAAGACUUCAGCCACCCAGUAUCGUGCUUCUACUGGGACCAUGGUGGCUGCGGCAAGUCGGACGAAGAAUGUUGGUAUGCUCACUAUCACACCGGCAAUCCCGGCAAGUGUCCCAUCAAGCAGGCUGACGGGACUGUUGUCGCUGGGAAAAACGCCGACGCAUCGCUCAGUCUCGACCAGCGUGAACGAGCCGUCGCGCAGCGCGAACAAGACGUCCAGACAGGCAGAAAGAAGAUAAUUGAUCAGGGGAGGGAGAUACAACAAGAAAAGAGACGAAUGGAACUGGAGCUGCGGCAUCGGAAAAAUGAGAUCCAACAAAUACUAGCUCAGAGUAUGCAUGAACUCAAAAGUACUCGUAGUGAGCUUGGAAAGUUCCCGCGGACGAUUGAAACACAAAUAUGCACCGAGAAAAUGGAUCAGCUACACCAGAAACUAUUCUGUAUCUAUACUAACUACGUCGAAAGGUAGGGGAUAAGCUGUCUUUUGCUUAACCAAACAUAGAUUGUGGCUGGUACAUAGGUAUAAAUUUGGGUUCUGUUCAGUGUUACUAGGUGUCAUUAACGGAGCGGUGGUGGCUGAUUUCUAAGCUUAGAGAUGAUGUUACGGAUAUUUGGUAUAUAUUGCUCCUUAGCAUUACUAUAACUUAUAUUUGGUAC